AUGCGCUGGGCCACCGUCGUGCUCGUCGCUGCGCUCUGCGGGGCCUCCCUGGGCCAGUACAACGAGGAGGAGGACCUGGCGUGGUUGCAGUACUACAUGCGGCAGUCCCGAAUGUCCUCCUACAACUACAUGCCCUACUACGAGGAUGAGAACAGCCCGUACGUUUACUCAUACCUCCCGGCUCCCGACACAGAGGCAGAGCCCGGCCCUGAGCCUCAGCAGGCCCCUUCCUGGCAGUGUCCCCAGGAGUGUGACUGUCCCCCCAACUUCUCCUCGGCCAUGUACUGCGACACCCGCAACCUGAGGUACCUGCCCUUCGUGCCCACCCGCAUGAAGUACGUCUACUUCCAGAACAACCAGAUCACCGCCAUCCAGGAGGGGGCCUUCGACAACGCCACGGAGCUCGAGUGGCUGGCGCUGCACAACAACCAGAUCACCAGCGAGAAGAUGGGCAAGAGGGUCUUUGCCAAGCUCAGAAACCUGGAGAGGCUGUACAUGAACAACAACAACCUGACCAAGAUGCCCAGCCCCCUGCCCCGCUCCCUGAGAGAGCUCCAUUUGUCCUACAACCAGAUCUCCAAGGUCCCCUCCAAUGCUCUGGAGGGCCUGGAGAACCUCACGGCCCUGUACCUCAGCCACAACUACAUUUUUGAGAUGGGAGCUUCUCUCAAAGGGCUCAAGUCCUUGAUCCUGGCUGAUCUGAGCUACAACCACCUCAGGAAAGUCCCUGACGGGCUCCCAAUGGCCCUGGAACAGCUCUACCUAGAGUACAACCACAUCAACGCCAUCCCCGAUGACUAUUUCAAGGUUUCUCCCAAGCUGCUCUAUGUACGGAUGUCCCACAACAGCCUGACGAACCAAGGUCUCUCCACCAACACAUUCAACAGCAGCAGCAUCCUGGAGCUGGACCUCUCGUACAACAGGCUCCAGAAGAUCCCCCGGGUCAGCACCCACCUGGAGAACCUCUACCUCCAGGGGAACCAAAUCAACGAGUUCUCCAUCAGCAGCUUCUGCACCGUGGUGGAUGUCAUGAACUACUCCCGGCUCCAGGUCCUGCGGCUCGACGGGAACGAGAUCAAGCGCAACGCGGUGCCCCCCGACGCCCCGCUGUGCCUGCGGCGUGCCACCAUCAUCGAGAUCUAG